AUGCGCGAGUAUGCUAAGUAUCUCAACACCCCCCAGACAGCCGCCGACAUAAAUAGCAUUCUUGAUGCUCUAGGGCUAUUUCCCGACCGGUCGAAGCGCGUUAUCAUUGAUGGGGUCGUGAGUCAAUUCGAAUGUGCUCAAUGGCUCUUUGAGGAGUGCAUCAAGGACGGAGCAGAAAAUCGCUCCUUGGCCUUGUUGGCAACAUCUAAAGAGGAAUUGCGUGACACGGUGCUCUCGUACAUGAACACGCUUCAAGAUCAGCCUAUCAGUGUAUACAUCAAUAACUCCGUUUACGGCUUGCUUGACUAUGAGAAGGUCUGGUACAACGGGUUUCUCGAAGCCCUGCACAAACCUUCAAUGUGGACUGCCCUAGCGGAUAAUAUGUACAAACUGAUCCAAGGAAAUGCAACAAAUGCAUUUCUAGUAUAUGGAAUUGAAGAUAUUCGGGACUGGCAUCAUGAAGCAAACCAGUUCAUCACCCUGAAUGACGGAAUUAGUGGCCCAAAUCAUUGGCCUGGGGACAGACAGACGUUCCUGGAUAAGAUCGCGCCCUUUUUCAACUAUAGUCUUUUCAGCCCUGCGCAGAGCAAAAUUUACUACAUACGGCAACACUGGGAUGUGCCAAAGAAACAUUCUUAUGUGCCACGCAAAGAUGUGAAGACGACACAUCCGCUGCUAAUUAUCUCGACUACUUACGACCCUAUAUGCCCCCUCAUAGGUGCGCGGUCAGCAAACGAGGCAUUCGAGGGCUCGCAGGUUGUUGAGGUCAAAGGGUAUGGACAUUGCUCUGUUGCAGUGCCGUCGGUGUGCCUUGCGAAACAUGUGCGAGCCUUCUUGUACGAAGGCAAAUUGCCCGACACAUACACGCAAUGCGAGGUGGAUUCCCCCCUACUUCCACCGGCCAGACAAGAGCGGGCAGGUGUCGGCUCACAGACACUUUGA